AUGACCAACAUUCUCAUCAAAGAUGCAGCACAAAUUCCUGUCGCGGAUCCGAUCCCGGCACUUUCAAUCAGUCGAGUGACCAUUCCAGCGCCAGAAAGAGGUAUCCCCAUUGAACUGCGCAUCACGGCUCCAGCUGCGGGCAAGGACAUACCAAUCAUUCUCUUCUCUCACGGUCAUGGCCCAUCGCUGUAUGUCCCAUCCAAGGACGGCUAUGGACCCCUGGUGAACUUUUACGCAGAGCGUGGUUUUGCCGUCAUACAGCCUUCGCACUUGAACUCCAAGGUUUCGGGCCUGGAUCCUAGUGCCCCGGACGGGCCAACCUUUGCGCGGUCGCGUCCAGGGGACAUGAGUCUCAUCCUAGACCAACUUGAUGCCAUUGAGUCUCAGGCUCCGUUUAUCGCCGGCCGCCUAGACAGAAACAAGGUUGCGGUCGUCGGUCAUUCGCUAGGAGGGGCCACGGCCGGACUUCUGCUGGGUGCACGAUAUCACAAUCCCGAAGCCAACGUGGCCGACGUUGACUUGAGCGACAAGAGGAUCAAGCUGGGCGUCCUACUGGGAGCGCCCGGCAACGGUUUCGAGAGCCUGACCGAGGUGGCCCGCAAAAAGUUCUCCUCGGCGCUCCACACGGACUGGACGCACCUGGCGACGCGGACGCUGGUCGUUGUCGGCGACGAGGACGAGUCCGCCUGGACCAUCGGGGACGGCGCGGACUGGCACCGAGACUCGUACCGCUGUGGACCGGGCGCCGACUACCUCUUGACGCUGCACGGGGGCAAGCACGGGUUUGGUGGCGUAGCUGGGUGGGAUGCCAAGGAGACGGACGACGAGGACCCGGAGAGGCUGGCCGUGACGCAGCGCCUGACUUGGGCGUAUAUUCGUUCUGGCUUGUAUCCCGAGGAUCCUGCUUGGAAAGUUGCGUGUCAAGCGCUGGAGGUGGUGGCGAGCAAACACGGUCAUGUGGAGGCAAAGUCCUAA